UAUUGAUUGCAUUGUCCCUUAUAUGCAUGGGCUAUCGACACUCUUAACUCUUGGCUACAAGACAAUCAAGCAUGGCGCACCCAUCGUCUUGAGAGUAGUGAAAGGAUUAAACAGCGUACACUGGCCUGUUGCAAAGGGAAUACUAUUUAAGAAACCGGGUCGUGGGUCCCAACAUUUCGGCCUGUAUUUGAUGCACAUUUCUCAUAUGGUUCACGGACCUUCUCUUGAGCGACCGAAGGAUUCGCUGGAUCUUGCAACCGAAAAUGAUCCGCCAUGCAAGCCCAUAACUUCUCAGUCAUUAAUGCGAUAGAUACGACCUUUGACCUGCUUGACGAAAUCAUUCCGGUGACAAAGGACAGUUUUGCUAGCAAAAUGAUACGAACAUAUUUUUAUCAUGCAAAAUACAACAACGGCACAUUAUGAUGUUCUCAGUUGUUGCGGUUAUUGUUCAACGGAGGAAAUGAAAAGGGGAUAGGAUCCUCCGAGAUGAUGCAUGCAACGAAAAAACAGCGGUUGUCAUAUGAAAAUAUUGAUAAUUAAAGGUUCUUUGCCUUUGACAUCGUGGAUAUUGUCACUCGAAUAACACUCUGGGCUCCUUAAAUUGAUG